AUGGACUCUAGAAUUCCUGUGGUCGCCGCUAUAAUAUUAUUCAUAAUCCUUCAUCGCAGGCAUCUUCGGAAGCAGAGAGAAGAGGAUAAUGAUGACCGUCAUGCGUCCUUGGAUUUUGGAAUGGGUGAUGUACCCCAGCCUGGAAGGGCGAAAAAGAGGCCGAUGCCUGGGAUGUUGGAGACAAACUUUGGAGAAAAGUCAGCUCAUAGGCACAACCAGAUGUCGAUGGACCUAGGCAUGACAAGCCCUUACCUCUUACCACCGGAAUUGCAGAGUUCUCGAGAAUCCUUGCAUUCCCUUUCAAGGACUAUCCACCAAAACGAAGAUCCUUAUCGCCCGGUAACUCAAUAUUAUCCCGGAGAUGGUGCAUCUAUUCGAUCACAGUCGCGACAAGGUCCGGAUGGUGCAUCAAUCUACACGUCCUCAAGCAAAGCAGCCUCAAAGUUCCAGGACGGUACAGAGGGUCUUCUCGCAAACGCAGCGAGAAUGUCACGAAGUAGUCCUCCGGUGGCCACCGCUUUCAUCCCGCCACCGCGUCAAAAUUCUCUCCCUCAGAAGAAUCCUUCCGUGAACACUGUCGAGGUUAAUGCUGGAGAUUCGACACCACAAUCACCCCCACCUUAUCCGGUAGAGCCACCCCAAGCACACAUUCACGAAUCAAGUAUCCCCGGAAAUGGCUCACCAGCCGGCCCUCUUCCGGAUCAUGGCCUUGCUCCAGCAUUGAAUACCAGCAUGGAUGGACGCGCGUCUUACGCUAGCAGUGGCGACGCAGGUCUAAGACAGAGUAAUAACUAUCUUGGAUCUAUCAUUGAAGCACAAGACCCAUCAGCUCCCGAUAAUACAGCUGAACGAGGAGCUGCAUUGACCUCUGAGCGCAGCCCUCUCCCAGCGAACCCGCAACCUAUUCGAAAGCAAUCGCUCAACAUACUCCAGUCAUCACAUCAGUCUCUCAGUGGUGAAGUGGAUGAAAUAGGCGAUGGGUUCAAAGUUACGCCACCAUCCCCUGGCCUCGAAAAGGACGCCGAGCACACGCGAGGACAACGGCAGUCAAUGAGUGCUGCGCCUGAGGAGUUCGCGCAUGCUGGAUUAAAUGCACCUGCCUUGGAUCCGCGCCGUCUCUCAAUGGGACUCCGCCCUCUCCCCCCUGACGCUGUUACUGAGGUUGAUGACCCUGAAGUCAGAGCAAACAGGAUCAGAUCUUUCUACAAGGAAUAUUUCGACGAGUCCAAGCCUGCUCCAGAGGGCCAGUAUCAUGAAGACUAUGACGAAAAUUACUUGGGCGACGCUGCAUACUUCGACCCAGACAGCAAUAACUUUGUCAUGCCAUAUGCUCAGCCCGUCACCCGUCGGGCAAUGACACCGCCCCCUAGUGGACCUCGAUUCCAAGGAGCUCGAAUGCCGGGUCCCCGGUUCCAAGGACCUCCUCGUGCCAUGCAUGGCUCCAUGGGCGGGAUGAGUAGUAUAAGUGGAAUGCGAGGCCCGCAAGGCCCAAGGGCUUUCUCGUCCGCAUCUGGACGCAUGGGACCUCCGAGAAAACCGAUGCCACCUCCUGCCGCCCUCACCACCUUGCCGACUCCAUCAAAACUCAGAGAUGACACGCUCGCUAUAAUGAAUCCCCUGGACUUCGCACCGCCUCAGACUUUCCGAGAUCGCGUCGCCGGCCGGUCAGAGAGCCCGCUGGGUGAGCGGCGCCCAUACUCUCCUGCCGUGCCAUCAUUCGUUCCGGUUGUGAGCGCCUUCGAUGAACUUGCACCUAUACCAAGCCCUCACUUGCUUCGAAAAUCCGGAACAUUCACGUCCUUGGACUUCGCCCCACCUAAGAGAAUCAGGGACCCUGACUCGAUGAGUGAUGCAGGCAGUAUUCGAAGCAAUAGAAGUGGAAUUUCAGCUAUGCAUCUGGGAGCCAUUCGCAGUGGAGCAUACCGUGUCAGUCGCCUCCCUCAGGAUAUGGUCUUCGCCAAGGACGAUAUGGCUGCUCUGAAACCGCAGUGGGGGAUGCGAGCUGGUAGCUAG